GCUGCCUCUGGAAAGUGAGUUCAGUCGUGUCCGCGCGAUCGUGUUGCACGAUAUUUACCUGCGCGAGCAAACUCUCGAAUUCAGGAGCGUACCGUUCGCUCCGUGAGCCUCGCGAGUGCUACACAACCGCAUCCUUGUACGCUGCCAACGACCAGCUAGACAAGAUGCUGUCGAGGUUGCUGGUCGUAUUCUGGAUGGCACUUCCUCUAGCGCUGUCUCAGAGUAAUUAUGCGUCACAGGGAAACAGUAUCGAGUAUCAGCCUGGUUUACCGCCCAGCACGGUGUUAAAUGGAAAAGUAACAAAAUUGGACGACAUCUCGUCGAUGAUAUUUCUGAAUCGCACAAAGGCCUACCUGAAUUGCAGUCAAGGGAGCAUGCAGGUGGAACUGAAAUUCGAGGAACCGUUUUACGGGGUCGCGUACGCCGAUUUCGAUCGAAACAGUGCCUGCAUAUUCAAAGGACGCGGAUCGACCAGCGCCAAGUUGGAAUUGCCUCUAAAAGGAUGCGGCACGAGGCAGGAUCCUCAACGCGUGUUCACAAACAACGUUGUAGUUCGCUUCCAUCCUGGCCUCGAAAUGGACGGCGACGAAGUUAUCACGAUAGUUUGUAGGUAUCCUCCGCCUGUGGCACCUGCACCGCCGGCUCCUCCGGCCAGCAUCUUGGCUACCCCGGCGCCAGUUCCGCCGUCCGAACCACCGUUGAAAGGAUUUCAGAUUCUGCUCAUCAUCUGCGCGAUCCUGUUCCUUUCGCUGCUGUUACUUGGCCUCGGUUGCUCGUACAUGUGCCUGAAACGAAGAAACGUUCGCGUGAUCCACCGACAUCCGUUCGGAAGUGGCUCGGGCUCGGAAAUAACGAAACUCUCCACUUCUUCCCUGAGCAACAUCACCAUGUUCGAGGGCUUGAAGAUACCUAGGGCACAUGCUCUUCUACACGCACCUCCGUCCACCACCGGUAGCGAUGCCAACCUGAUGAUCGACCACUCGUUACCCAGCGAUUAUCCGAGCGAGAGCUCCGAGGUGGAUGAAGAACCUUCUCUGCCAGUUUCAUCCGCCGGCUCCUACGACAACAAAGCCUUUGUUCACCACGAGACUCAUCAACGCCAAGAAAUUCGUACCACCAGCUCCCUUUAUUCCGAGACGGUUGCCGCAGAGGUGGAAACGUCUUCCAUGACGGCGGCAAACGCUUCACGCACCGCGGUUCCUCGCCACAUGGUAGCCAUGCCGAUCGAACCCAAGUUCGACGUUCAGAUGCGAGUGAAGCGAGCGCCACCUCCUCCUCCAAGUCCACUACCCUCGGAAUCCGAUAUAGCAAGCGUCGCUCUAGAAAGAAAUCUGACCACGAUUCUCGAAAAGGAGGAAUCCAGCCUCACACGCAGUCUCGACAGUCCCCCGGCCAGGAUGACUACAUUCUCUUACGUUCCGGAGCUGCAUGGGCCUCCGGGAGGCGUUCAAGCCACGUCCAGCAUCUCCAGGCAGCAAACACCUCCAGUCUACUCGAGAAUCUUGAGAAAGCAGGCCGAGAGGGACACCACGACCAGCACUAGCAUCGUUCAGGAAAGAAUUCCAUCGCCUUCUCCCAUGGAACAGCCUCCUUUGCAACACCAUGAAAUUCGUAGACCCAGAUCAUUGACUUCCUUGAACACCGAGCUAACCGAGACGCGUUCUCUCACCGAGGUAACCGAUCAUACACAUGCCAAGUACAGGGUGGCUAGUAUCCUAGCCCCGACUCCACCGCCACCUCCUCCAAUUGUUCCAACGGUCACUACUACCCAUACAGCUGUUCAGCAUCGUGAACAUCGUCUCUUCCGCGAGGAAGUGACAGAGCCUUUGGUGGAGCCGCAGGUUGUCGCUCCUAGGCGGCCAGAGAUAACCACGCACGAAGUGGAUGAUGUGUUUUUAAAGACAGUGACGGAGAAGAAGACUAUCGAGGAUGUGGAACGUCACCGUCGUCAGGUGACCGAAUAUAGAACCAAACCACCACCUCCGGAUCCUAAGUGGGACGUUACUAUCAGGAACUAUCCUAAAGAGAAUCUCCCACCGCCUCCUCCAGAAUGGGAGAACUUCUCCGAUGUUAGUUCCAAUUCGAAUCUGACGAUUACCAAUGAGCCAACGGGCAGUCAGAUCGACGGUCCAGCUGACGAGGAACUGGACAUCAAUAUAGAGCCUACGUAUACCGCUAGAGCCGAGAUUCCUUGCAGACCGCCUCCAGUCACCCAUCGUCGUUCCGUCGACGAAACAGACGCUGAUUGGUUCUCUAGACUAUCUCGUGUCUUGGAUCCCCGUUAUGCCUCCGAAUUGACUGACGGGGAACGAGCAAAAUGGCGCGAGAUAAUUACCACGGAUAGUACUUUACGGACCCUGUUAACGGAGGCCGUGGUUAAAGAGGACUACGAAUUGAUACGAAAAGAUGCCAGAUACGCCCAUCUGUUCUCUCCAGCAAAGUGGGACGUGAUCAUCCGAAUCUUGGGGCCUCCUGCAACACAGCCAGGUUCCGCUUCGUGCUCUACCCAUGGAAAGAACCACGGGCAGCGAUAUAAGAGGUCCAAGUCCUCUGAAUGGGAUACCAGAUCGAGAAGAUCGUCCUUGCCUACUUUGUACGAAUAUGAGAGCGACGGAGGUAGUUCUGCUCAUACUCAGAGCCACAGACUGCAGGUGACACAGUCUACAGCGGCGAUGAGUCAGUCGAAUCGUUUACGUCGACUGGCAUCGAGUAACAGAGGCACAGGCGGCGUUAGUGAGGCGGACGUCAGGUCCAUGUCGGAGAUGACGGUGAGAGACUUUGCCAGAGUGGACAGAGACGACUUGACGAGUUUGAGUUCGUUCGAGGGUGCAGAUUCGCUGGUGAGAUCCUUGAGUCAGCCAAGUUUGGCCAGAAGCGGUUCAGAAUUCACCGAACACUGGGGAAUUCCCUCGGGCAUGCUGGAUCUCCCGCCUUGGACAGCGGAGGAGGAGGAAGAGGAGGAGGAGGAGGAGGGAACUAGUUCUGUGGAGACGACGCCCAGAGCGGUCAGAAGAAACGAUCAUCUGGAGGUGCUGGCGUCGUUCGACGAUCAUAGACAGGGAUCAUCCACCGCUAGAUCGAGUCGGUACAUGGAGAGGGAAGUGAACAGCGUGCACGUGACCGAGAGUCAGAGGAGUUCCAAUUGGUUCCACGAUGAUUCUGAGCCAGAGAUGCAGAUAUGAAGAUGUUUAAGAGAAGCCGCCUACGUGUUCUAUUCUCUCCAACGUCUUUCUUCGGGUUUUUAUAAAAUCGUGUUAUCAUAAGAAAUUACGCACGAUCAUUAUAGCAGAGGUUACGAGUAUUACGCGGAUCAAGGUUAUCGAGGAAGAAUCAAGCCAGUUCGAUUAAGUAUAGUAUUAUGAGAGGAUAGAGAAUGAAAUAGACGGCGGAUACGCUAUUGCUUAUAAGUAUUUGGAUGUCUGGUGCAAUCUCAUCGAACGAUAUACGUUUAUCUUACAUUUUCAACUAUCGUAACGAAAGAACGAGUCUCUCUACCCUGAACGAAUUCUUUACAUCUUUAACAACAAAUUGAAAUUGAAAGAAAGAGUACGCCUGGUAUACCUCUAUACCUGUUUCUGUUUAUUUCUAACCAAUGAUCGAUACUUUACGAUAUCCUGUAUAAACUCGUAAUUUCAAUCGUUCUAAUUAUACUUUUGCGAUAGCGUGAACGUGACCAAAUACUUAUGGAAGAUAGCGUACAUUCUAGAAAUACUACGUUACAGGGUCCAAAUCGAACAUUGAAAAGAUAUCUGAAUUAAGCUUCGUUGAGGUUAGCUAAGCUUCUGUCAACACAUUUAUAAGUGAAAUUUCCUAUGUGCGUGUCCGACUCACGCGUCUGCGUCACAUAUACGGGGCUGUGGUAUCGCAGCGAUGCAUCGGUUCUGAUCGCGUUCUAGCCGAGACGAUCGUUUCCUUCGCGACUUAUUUUAAAUUUCCUGUUAACAAAAAUUUCAUUAAAAACACGAUACUAUAAAAAUUUAUUUCAAAGAGUUUCGCCGUUGCGAGUUGACGCCUCGUUAAUGUCGUCUCACCGAUGCAAAGGCCAAAGCGAUCCCACUGUACGGGCACGUUGUGCGUUCCUCCCGCCCCCCUCCCCCCGAAGUGUCCGGGAUCCGAUCAAUGUUUAGGGUCGCGAAACGAUGCGACAAAAAGCAAGGAGGAGGUUUGCUUCUUGUCGGACCGAUAUCAAUCCGACAACGUGAAAGACAACUUUUUUUUUUCACGUUGAUCUUUUCCACGUUGCACUGUCGUACGGGCAACUCGCUCUCCUUUUCUACUUUCACGGUUCCUUCCGCACCGAUCGUUUUCCAUGUCGUCGUGCGAGUUGCGACAUGCAGCUAGGAAAUUGAAGAAAACUGCUUCCGAAGCAAACGUAUGCGUUAAACGCACAUAGGUGACCGCCCCGCCUUAAACUGAAACUGAAACUUAAACUUAAACCUAAAGGAAGCGAUAUUUCUUGGAAUGUCUAUCGUAAUGAAACAAAUUGUAAAAAUUGGAUUAUUAAAGCUUUUGAAAAGCGGUAUUAGAAAGAGACACGAUCUAUCUCAAUGAGAAAUGAAUUAUUAUGACUGAUACGAAUCGAUAAUCUCGGUACAUCAGGCAUGUCAUUUUCCGCUAGAGGAAUAAGUUACAGAAGAUUAAAAAAUGUGAAAAUCAUCCAAGAAUACGUAUAGAAAGGGGCGAUAAUAUAUGAUCAUCGUCAUUGAAUUCAGACUCGAGGCAAACGUGAUGAGAAUAAAAUUGGAAAUAACGUUACACGAUCCAGCAAGCGUCUGUUGUUUCCCUUCGAGUCGAGUUUCGCGGAAAGAACUUGGAGUUUGCUUGAAACGUAGAGAGAUGCAUAUAUUUCGAAGCAAGUAAAUAUCAGGUUCAAGUUGAAUUUACGUGGCUUGAAUGAAAAUGGCUUGGUCUGAAACGACCGGAAACGACCGGAAACGACUGGUGUGAACGAUGAUUUAAAAGAGUUCUCGGGAGCAGCCCGACUUUCUCAGUACUUUUAGCAAGUCUUUUAGUAACCUUGUAUUAUAAUAUCUUUUAAUUCGUAUCCGAACGUAUCUCCUUGACGUAUUUCCUCUAUGUAGUUGUCAAUGUGGCAACAACCACAGAUAUUACCACGUACGAGAUAGCAAUAUUUGGAAGCAUGUAAAAAAGAUUAUACUUUUUACAAUUUUCAGUAUUUAUUCGGGACAAGUAUUUAUUCGGUUCUGCGAUAUAUAGAUUUAGAAACGAGUAUCGAAAUUUUAAACAAUUAUAAAGUUAGAAGCAUCGUUGGAAAAAGUACUUGAAUAUUGGAAAUACAUAUGUGAAAUAUGUAAAGAGCUAAAUUGUAAGUAAGAAAAAAUCAAAUUUAUUAUAUCGAGAAAGUAUGUUCGAAACUAAGCGUUUUUAGGAAUAUGCGAUAUAGAAAAGAUGAUUUUUUUUCGAUCACAGUGAAAAUAACAGCGGUGAAUAUUGAAAAUGUGCCCCUUCGAUAUCUACGGCUUACAAACUAUAUAACCUCUGUUAUAAUAUCCAGAUUCCUUCGAAUUGACAUUUUCAUUUCGGACGAAUGUCGCAUCAGUCUCCUCCUAUUUUUGUACCUUUCUAUUAAUUGUACCGUUUGACAUAUCCGUUCUUAAUCUCAUAUUGUCCAGGAUGAUCAAACGUUUCACUGCCUUCUCGCAUUUGGUAGAUCGAAGACGCAAUUUUGCCGCCUUCUUUACGAAUUCUCUACCUAAUUCUCUACGAAUUCUCUACGAUUACGAAUAACGAAAGAUUUUCGAACGAGCAUUCGCGUGUUUGCGACUCAAUGCGUCGACUGUCGGAUCAUCGAAGCACGAACAUCCGAGCUUUUUAAUUAAUUCGAGACAACGGAAGAAAUUAUUAUCCGUAUAAUAAAUCGACGGUGAAAGAAAAUUAUUAUUCCUGUAUCGAAAUUAUUUGACGAAAUUAAAUUUUUCUUGGUCAUUUUAUUUCCAUUUAAAAUUGAAUUGUGAAUUGGAAUAUAUGCAGAAAGAAUGUAAAAGAUUGGAAGCACGCGUUUAAUAUUAAUAGUUGAUUGUUUAUUUUUUGCCAGACGUUAGGAAACGUUAAUCUUGAUAAUGAACAGUCGAUACAUUGAAGGAACAACGGUUAGCCAUUCUCUCCACUUGUCACUCGAAUUCUGUAAAUGGAAAAAACGAGAAACGUCGAACAGGGUAAGAACAUCUGAGAUUAUUGGACGAGUGAAACUGUAGAAUUUGGCGAAACGAAUUCAAUCACCGCGUACGAAUUAACCGGAAACGAGUUGAACAAACGAAUCUACGACUAACCACGCGAUAAAUUCGCUUUCUUAACGAUCGGUGGCGCAUUUCGAGAACCUUUAUAACCAUUGAAAACCACAAUGACCGUAUUAACGAUAUUUAACACUUUUGCUACGCAUCUAUGUAAAAUAAUCGAAUUAUAUUGAAAAUUGGCAAAGAAAGUUUUCAAGAAACUUCUCCAAGAAUACAUUGUAAACUACUUUCUAUUCCUGGAGAACAUUAUUUUGCGAAUAAUAAAAAAUAUAUCGAGCUUACAGAAUAUCAGAUAUUCGAUACGAAUAAAAUUAACUUAUAAAUU